AUGUCUCACUCAUCCAGUAGAAUCGUUGUUUAAAUGCUCACUUUGAAUUCACUAUUACAAAUAUAUGAAAAUCAACCCUUUGAAUUUAAUGAUUCUAACUUGAUGAUGUAACAUCCUUAACUAACCUCAAUAAUACCCACUAAUCAAGUAUUUAAUUCUGAUAUCAAUCUAGUUGAUAAAUUUAACAGUUGGAAUAUUAAUAUUAUUCUUAAUAGAUUGGAAGAAUAAACUUAAUAUAAUUACUUCAUUAUUCUUUGGAUUAUCAGUUAUAAUGUAAAAUUUCAAGUAAAUUAAUAAUUAAUGUAGCUAUCUACUACCAAAAACACUAAAUAUAAUACAAAUUUAUUUGUAGUUACUAAUUAUCAUUAAGUAUAUUUACUUUUAAACAAAAAAAAUCUAUUUUAGUAUUAAAUCUCUUGAAAAUAAUUAUAAACCAACAAUUACUAUUUCUAAUAAAUUACAUUCUAAGAAAAAAAUUACUAAAAUCCCUAAAAAAGUUGAAAAAUAAAAAUAAAAAUAAGAAAAUACUAUAACUAAUGAAAUCUAGGCUAAAAUUGUUUAAUAAUAAAUGAAUAUUGAAUAAACUUAAAUAAAAGAUGUAUAAAUAUAAGAAUAAUCAAAUUAAUUGAUUCAAGAAUAACAUAUUAGUGAAGCAGAAUUAGAAACAGAGAAUUAAUGUGAAAUUAAUCAUUCGGAUCUUUCAUAAAUAUCUUCAAUAAAAGAGGAAUAAAGUAUAUUCAUUAAAAUAAUUAGAACUACAAAUAUAAUUGAAAUUUAAUGGUAAAAAUGAAUAAUUUUGUUGUACUUUUGAUACCUUUGAAACAAUAUCUCAAAUUCUUUCUAGUUCAUUUACAGAUAAAUAGAUAAUAUAAAUAAAGAUUCAUAUACUACUUAAUUUUUAUGAUGAAAAUCAAGAUGGUAGUUGUAGAUUAUGGUGUAUCAAGAAAUUAUUAGCUUUUUAAUUUUGA